AACUGUGCCAGCCCUUCUCUCAGCCAGGAAAGAAGUGGGUUUCAGCCGCUUCUGCUUUGGGGCAGGGGGCGGGGUAGCAGAGACCACGUUGCAGGGAGGGCUUCAGCUCCCCUAAUCCUGGCCCCCCUGACUCUUGGGAGCCUGGGGCCUUCCUUGCCUGGGGGGGAGGCGAGGGCCGCCUCAGGUCAUCACCUUUGCCUCUGUUGGUCCCCGCAGCCCGCAGAAGUGAAUGUCCUGGUCGGGAAGGACCGCAGCAACCUCUUCGUGAAUGGGCUGACGCUGGGUGGGCAGAAGUGCUCGGUCAUCCGGGACAGCCUGCACAUGGAUGGGGAGAGCACCAUGGAUCUGCGGACAAAGAGUACUGGCGGUGCCCCCACUUACAACAUCACGGCCGCCAUGACCAACAAGACGAUCGUCCUCGUCAUGGGAAAGGAAGGGAUCCACGGCGGCUGCAUCAACAAGAAGUGUUACGAGAUGGCCAACCACUUGCGGCGGUCGCAGUAUUGA